CAUGAAUACUCGUUCAAACAGAGUUGGUGAUUUCAGGGUUUCAUCAAAUCUAAAUCUUUCUUUCUUUCUUCGUUUCAAUCUCUGUUAUCUGAGAAACCAUGUCUUCUUGCUGCGGAGGAAAGUGUGGCUGCGGAUCUAGCUGCAAGUGCGGCGGUGGCUGCAAUGGCUGCGGCAACUAUGCUGACAUCACAGAGCAGAGCUCUGCCUCUGAGACUCUUGUCUUGGGUGUCGUGGGAACACAGAAACUGAACUAUGGACAGGCUGAGGCUGUCGCCACCGAGGGAGGCUGCAAUGGCUGCAAGUGCUCCAACUGCACCUGCGACCCUUGCACUUGCAAGUGAGCGAGGUCUUGAGGCUUUCAUGGAGUCUGGUGCUUAAUUGAAGCAGAAAAGCUUGAUAAUAAUAGCUCUAUUAUAGUUCAAUUAUGUGUCUGGCUCUGUAUCCUGAAGCUGAAGAUGUCCUUUUCGGGUUGUGUUUCUGAAUAAAGUAGUUGUGGCUGGUCAUCUUUG